ACCAGAGUAUUCACCGCUGAAGACGUCACCGCGUUUGCGCGGCUGACAGGCGACGACAACCCGCUACACGCGGAUGUGUCGUUCGCCUCUUCGGAGCGGUACGGCGCGCGCGUGGUGCAUGGGAUGCUCUACGCGUCCAUGUUUGGCGCCAUCGUCGGCGUCCGCUAUCCGGGCAGCGUCUAUAUCUCGCAGAGCCUCUCAUUCAGACGGCCCGUCUUUCUCGGCGACGCGGUGACGGCA